AUGGCCACCGUCACCAUUGGCAAAUCCUAUUUUGACGCCCUUCUGCGACGAGCCGAAUUCCACACGUCUGGAUCCGAAUUCCUUACUACUCCUAACCUCUCCAACAAUGUCACCAUCUCGAAAGCGGAACAUGAAUACUUGCUCCAAGCAGUGCGAGAGUACCAUCUACUCAAGAAUGCACUGUUUCGAGGUGGAUUGACUGCGGAAACCCUUGAGACCCUUCUAUCUGGCGAAAAUGGCAUGAGCGAGGACCCUGCAGCAUACAGCAACACUUGUGAAGAGGCGUUCAGGAGGCCUAAGCCCGUCGCGGUCACGAUGACUGGAACACGCUCCAGCGAUGCUUCCCCAGACUCGGAAAACACAGCCGUUGCCGAUGGCCUUCAGCCCAGGACUCAUUCUAACUCAUACAAUAGGGUCUACAGCUUUGGCCAACCCGAUUCUUCUAUCGACACACCCGACAAGGAUGACGACUUUCAAUCCUUAGUAAACCACCGUGUUCCCACUCACGACCAACGUACUGUGUUGAUUACAAACCUGUCAGACCGCACGACUCACAAGGAUUUGACCAAUAUCAUCCGAGGGGGGAGACUUUUAGAUAUCUUUCUCCGCAAUGAUCGAUCAGCGACUGUGUCGUUUGUUGAAGGUGCUCAAGACUUUCUGACUUAUGCUAAGAAAAACGACAUCUACUUGCACACAAAACGGCUCGAAUUCCGCUGGAACGACCGUCAGUUUCAUGUACCAUCGCAUGUGUCCAACAAGAUCGCGAAUGGUGCAACACGGAAUCUAGUUGUCCGAGGCGCCGCAGGGAAACACACCGCCACGCAGAUCCGAGAUCACUUAGAUCAUAUCCAUAACCUUGUUGUGGUCGACAUUAGUUUCAGGAAUGGCGAUGCAUUCAUUUCUACGAACUCGAUUCACAACGCUCUCUUUGCUAGGACUUGUAUGAUGUCUCGCACCAUAUAUAAAGGCCUCCGUAUUGAUUGGUACCCGGACGAAUGCGCCGCGCCACUGCCAAAACCGAGCCUGAGAGUUCAUACCCCUGCUCAAGCCCCGAGCAGGCCGGCGCCAGUGACCAACCGAUACACGCUUCUCGAUUUUGAGGGGAACGAUCUUGACUCUGACGAAGAAGACGAAUCGUACCUUAGUAACGGAGUUCCUGUGAAUAAUUGGGCAGAUGCUACGGCGGCAUGACGAAGUCAAUCAUCAACCUUGUCCUCGCGUCCUUUCCUUUCAUUCUUCGCCUAGCAUUCAGCAUGGACACAUGUUGGCUACAACAAUCACAAGCCUCGGGUCGCGAAUAUUACAAGAACACAGAGAAAUUGAGGACUGAUAUGAGUCCCAUGUCUUGUCCCAGGCCAGCUGGGGCAAGGCC